AGGGGCCUGGGCUGCCAUUAUGCUUACUUUCUGUCUGCCUUGCAGGCUGCCCUCGGCUGCGGGCCCCGCCCCGCCUGCCCGCCAUGGACCAGGACUAUGAGCGCAGGCUCCUGCGACAGAUCAUCAUCCAGAAUGAAAACACAGUGCCAUGUGUCUCAGAGAUGCGGAGGACCCUGACACCAGCCAACUCCCCAGUAUCCUCACCCAGCAAGCAUGGUGACCGCUUCAUCCCCUCGAGGGCCGGGGCCAACUGGAGUGUGAACUUCCACAGGAUCAACGAGAAUGAGAAGUCCCCCAGCCAGAACCGCAAGGCCAAGGAUGCCACCUCAGACAAUGGCAAAGAUGGCCUGGCCUACUCUGCGCUUCUGAAGAACGAGCUGCUGGGCGCGGGCAUCGAGAAGGUGCAGGAUCCGCAGACAGAAGAUCGGCGGUUGCAGCCGGCCACGCCCGAGCACAAGGGCCUCUUCACGUAUUCCCUCAGCAGCAAGCGCUCAAGUCCUGAUGAUGGCAAUGACGUGUCCCCUUAUUCCUUGUCUCCUGUUAGCAACAAGAGUCAGAAGCUGCUUCGGUCACCACGGAAGCCCACGCGCAAGAUCUCCAAGAUCCCCUUUAAGGUGCUGGAUGCGCCUGAGCUUCAGGACGACUUCUACCUCAACCUGGUGGACUGGUCCUCCCUUAACGUGCUCAGCGUGGGGCUGGGCACCUGCGUGUACCUGUGGAGCGCGUGCACCAGCCAGGUGACCCGGCUCUGUGACCUCUCUGUGGAAGGGGACUCAGUGACUUCUGUGGGCUGGUCUGAGCGGGGGAACCUGGUCGCAGUAGGAACACACAAAGGCUUCGUGCAGAUCUGGGACGCAGCUGCUGGGAAGAAGUUGUCUGUGCUGGAAGGCCACACGGCGAGAGUGGGGGCACUAGCCUGGAAUGCGGACCAGUUGUCAUCCGGUAGCCGUGACCGAAUGAUUUUGCAGCGGGACAUCCGCACACCACCCCUACAGUCAGAGCGGCGACUACAGGGCCACAGGCAGGAGGUGUGUGGCCUCAAGUGGUCCACAGAUCACCAGCUACUCGCUUCAGGGGGCAAUGACAACAAGCUGCUUGUGUGGAACCACUCGACGGUAAGCCCCGUGCAGCAGUACACAGAGCACCUGGCGGCCGUGAAGGCUAUUGCCUGGUCCCCACACCAGCACGGACUGCUGGCAUCUGGUGGUGGCACAGCCGACCGCUGCAUCCGCUUCUGGAACACCCUGACAGGCCAGCCACUCCAGUGCAUUGACACUGGCUCACAGGUGUGCAAUCUGGCCUGGUCCAAGCAUGCCAACGAGCUGGUGAGCACACAUGGCUACUCACAGAACCAGAUCCUUGUGUGGAAAUACCCAUCCCUUACGCAGGUGGCCAAGCUCACUGGCCACUCAUACCGUGUCCUUUACUUGGCCAUGUCUCCUGAUGGGGAGGCCAUUGUCACCGGGGCCGGAGACGAGACCCUGCGGUUCUGGAAUGUUUUCAGCAAAACACGCUCUACAAAGGAAUCCGUGUCUGUGCUCAACCUCUUCACCCGGAUCCGAUAGACCCGCGGGCGGGCGGGAUGCGCAGCCCCAUGGGGCAGAGACGGAGCAGUCAGCAUGCAUGGUCCUGCUGACCCGCAGUCCCCAGAGACAUCUGGCGGGCGGGAGCCGGGCCGGAGACCCCAGAGUCUCAUUAAAUGCCUCGUUGUGAGCUGUG